GGAGAGGUCUAAGCACUAGAACCAGCGGCCCCAGGUUUUCAGAAGGGAGUAUCUGGGCAGUCUGCGAGCGGCUGGGGCCAGACGGGGCCGAAUCGAGGAAGCGGGCACGAUGGCCGCCCUCCUGCUGCUACCCCUGCUGCUGCUGCUGCCGCUGCUGCUACUGCCGCUGCUGCUGCUGAAGCUGCGCCUAUGGCCGCAGUUGCGCUGGCUCGCGGCAGACUUGGCCUUCACGGUGCGCGCCCUACGCUGCAAACGGGCCCUUCGAGCGCGCGCCCUGGCCGCGGCUGCCGCCGACCCGGAAGGUCCCGAGGGGGGCUGCAGCCUGGCCUGGCGCCUGGCGCAGCUGGCCCGGCAGCGCCCCGCGCACACCUUUCUCAUUCACGGCGCGCAGCGCUUUAGCUACGCGGAGGCCGAGCGCCAGAGCAACCGAGCUGCGCGCGCCUUUUUGCGCGCGCGAGGCUGGGACUGGGGACCCGGCGGCGGCGACAGCGGCGCGGGGGGCGCCGGGGAAGGCGAGCGGGCGGUGCACGGCAUACGAGACGCGGCGGCCGGAAGCGGAGCGGCGCGGCCCGUGCGUGAAGGGGAUGGCGCGACCCCUCUGGCACCUGGGGCCACCGUGGCGCUGUUGCUCCCCGCCUGCCCAGAGUUCCUGUGGCUCUGGUUCGGGCUGGCCAAGGCCGGCCUGCGUGCGGCCUUUGUGCCCACCGCUCUGCGCCGGGGUCCCCUACUGCACUGUCUCCGCAGCUGCGGCGCCCGCGCGCUCGUGCUGGCGCCAGAGUUCCUGGAGUCCCUGGAGCCUGACCUGCCGGCCGUGAGAGCCAUGGGGCUCCACCUGUGGGCUGCGGGCUCUGAAACCCAUCCUGCUGGAAUCACCGAUUUUCUGGCUGAGGCCUCGGCUGAAGUGGAUGGGCCAGUGCCCGGGUACCUGUCUGCCCCCCAGAACAUAAUGGACACGUGCCUGUAUAUCUUCACCUCUGGCACCACAGGCCUCCCCAAGGCUGCUCGGAUCAGUCAUCUGAAGGUCCUGCAAUGCCAAGGAUUCUACCAGCUGUGUGGCGCCCACCAGCAGGAUGUGAUCUACCUCGCCCUCCCACUCUACCACAUGUCUGGCUCCCUGUUGGGCAUCGUGGGAUGCUUGGGCAUUGGGGCCACAGUGGUGCUGAAGUCCAAGUUCUCAGCUGGUCAGUUCUGGGAGGACUGCCAGCAGCACGGGGUGACGGUGUUCCAGUACAUCGGGGAAUUAUGCCGAUACCUCGUCAACCAGCCCCUGAACAAGGCAGAACAUGGACAUAAGGUCCGGCUGGUGGUGGGCAGCGGGCUGCGGCCAGACACCUGGGAGCGCUUUGUGCGGCGCUUCGGGCCCCUGCAGGUGCUGGAGACAUAUGGACUGACAGAGGGCAACGUGGCCACUUUCAACUACACAGGACAGCGGGGUGCUGUGGGGCGCGCCUCCUGGCUUUACAAGCAUUUCUUCCCCUUCUCUUUGAUUCGCUAUGAUGUCACCACAGGGGAGCCGAUUCGGAACACCCAGGGGCUCUGUGUGGCCACAUCUCCAGGUGAGCCAGGGCUGCUGGUGGCCCCCGUGAACCAGCAGUCACCAUUCCUGGGCUAUGCUGGGGGGCCAGAGCUGGCCCAGGGAAAGCUGCUGAAGGAUGUCUUCCAGCCUGGGGAUGUUUUCUUCAACACUGGGGACCUGUUGGUUUGCGAUGACCAAGGCUUUCUUCGCUUCCACGAUCGUACUGGAGACACCUUCAGGUGGAAGGGGGAGAAUGUGGCCACGACCGAGGUGGCUGAGGCCUUGGAGGCCCUGGAUUUUCUUCAGGAGGUGAACGUCUACGGAGUCACUGUGCCAGGGCACGAAGGCAGGGCUGGGAUGGCAGCCCUGGUUCUGCGUCCCCCCCACUCUUUGGACCUUGUGCAGCUCUACGUCCAUGUUUCUGAGAACUUGCCACCUUAUGCCCGGCCUCGAUUCCUAAGGCUUCAGGAGUCACUGGCCACCACAGAGACCUUCAAGCAGCAGAAGGUUCGGAUGGCAAAGGAGGGCUUUGACCCAAGCGCGUUGUCCGACCCCCUCUACAUUCUGGACCAGGCUGGGGGCGCCUACCUGCCGCUCACACCUGCCCGGUACAGUGCCCUCCUGGCCGGGGACCUUCGCAUCUGAGAGCCUCCACACCAGUGCGCCUGAGGGAGGGACUUUGUGGGGUGGGGUUAUUGCAGGUGUAUCAGCCGCUGUCAGGGAUCUCUUCUAUACCAGGUUUGUAAUCUUUAUUUUGUAAUAAAUGUGG